UAUGGGUUUCCAAGUGAUGAUCCUGAUGGUGGAUUUGAGGUGAAGAUUUCAAAGGCUGUUGGAACAUCCUCUAUGGCGGCUGAUUUUACUCCUAUUUCAGAUGAAUGAUUGACAUUUUGAUAACCUUCAUUCUUAGAACUGUUCAGCUCUCUAGAAAGACAAACACUGAGAUCGUUUCACAAUUUGGUUCCUUCCUAUGUUUUGGGAUCCAAGUAGAGAAGCAUUAAGAAAUGAAUGUGUGAGAUUUUCUUGUUCUAAUAAGAAUAUGUGACUGA